GCAAGGGCCGCUUCAAUUGGAUUGUGGAGAAAAUCUAUCUUAAUCUGAGUCGAUGGUACGCUGAGCCAGAUGUCACCGACGCUACAGCCAAUCUGCUGCUUACGCUAUGCAAGAACACCACACAACGCCAACAAAUGACGCACUGUGCUGCCUUCCCGCAAUUGUUGACUUUGUUCAAUACCGGGAUGCCUGGUCAGAACAACCCCAACCCCAAUGUCGCCCCCCCUCCCCAGUUACCCGCCAGUGUGCAGCGGAGGAUCGCUCAGGCCGUUACUAUGGCAACCGCUGGUAAUCAG